AUGAUUAAAAUCAGAAUUAUUCAUUUAGAUGUUUCUCGAUCACAAGUUGAAGUCGACAAAAGAGCGGAGGAAGAAAGUGAAAAAUUAACGGUAGGCGUCACCGAUUUUUUAUCCGAGAUUUCCCUGCGGACCAUUUGGUCCUUGAAAAAUGUUAGGUUAGCAAAAAAUAUUUUGGAGGCAAGGAGAAAGAACAAAAAGACAAAAUGAAUGAAUGAAAUGAAUGGACUAAAUUGGAGUGGCAAGUGUGGUCAAGUUUAACAACUUAAACAAAAUUAGUAAUAAAUAAAUUAGGCCAUUUAGACUGACUUAAUAGCUUAUGACAUUUAAACUUCGUUUUCCUUGCCUAGUGACCCACAUUCCGGAAUAAAUUGCCACAUGCCAGACAGAAAUUCUUUUCUGUCAGAGUGGUUAGAGAAAUAACUUUUUCAGUCUUUCCCCCAAAUUAGGAUGAGUGUUUCAUAAUUCUGCUUUGGUUUCAGUUGCAGUAAAGAAUGAUUAGAACAUCCCCCUCCCCCUCAAUACGCACACACUUAGUUAAACCACUUAUUAACCGCUUAUUUUUACUGGCGUUUUUCACUUUCAAUAGACUGAAAUACAUGAUCUUUGUCAGUUAUUGUCGAACAAACUGGAAUUUCUCAAUAUCAACAAGGAUGGUAUAAACAAGCUGUUGAUAGUCUUGGUGCAAAUGGAGGUAAGUUAUCAGAUCUUAAAGAAAGUUUAAAAAAACUCGUUAAUAAUUCAUGAGGAAAAGACAAAGGAAAUCACUGCGGUGGUUUUAUACGUGAUAAAAAAUCUCGUUCUCAUUUACAUAAACUUUAGUUUUGAUUUUCUCGGCUUAGACAACGUUUAUUUUUAAAAUUACUUCGUCAAUUUACUCAUCAGAUGGGUCGUUUUUUAAUCCGUUAAUUAAAACACUCGAGCUGCGCUCUCGUGUUUUAACUCUGAUAAAACACUGCUACUCGUGUUUUAAAUAGUGCAUGCAAUCUGCAGACAUAUACGCAGUGUCAGCCAAAGGCCUUAUAGUAGGCCUUCGACUUAGUUCAGCUUAAAUUUCAGCUCCAGUAAGGAUGAUUAGCACACCUCGCAGUUAUAUACUUAUGUUUUAUCUAUUACCAAAACAUUUGGUGGAAUUUUGGUAAGACUCCUGCUUUAUUUAGCGUGUGUAGUAACGAACCAAUAACAAGGUUCAUACGGGUCCUGGAAAACCUGGAAAGUCAUGGAAUUUCAAUAUUCCAAAAUCCAGGCCUGGAAAUCCUGGAAAAUCAAUUUUAGUCAUGGAAAGUCAUGGAAAAUUGAAAUUUUACAUAACAUUAUCGAAGUAUUUUACUUAUUUCAAUUUACCAGUCAUAACAAUAAUAUGAAUUGUUAUUAUAUAACAGAUUUUUGCAAGAGCGAAGUGAAUUUUGUUCUUUUAUUAUCUCUGUUAUCGUUAAAAUAUUAACGAAUUUCAGAAAUUCCAGACUUCCAGGUCAUGGAUUUUGAAAAAAGUGGUCAUGGGAAGUCAUGGAAAAGUCAUGGAAUUUUAAAAGGGAGAAGGUGUACGAACCCUGCAAUAAACGUGUCCUAAAUAGCACAUAUAAUAUACACAUAAUGUUUGCUCCCAAGGAAAAUAGUUUUGUUUCCAGAGAAUCUCAAUGUUCGUCGAAUGAAACAUUGAGAUUCGAGGGAAAUAAAACUAAGUAUUUCCCGAGGGAACAGACAUUAAGUUUGUUGUUAAAGCGCCAAACAAAAAUCAACAUUCAACAACAUUCAUACAACAAUUGUAUUUCGUGACAAAAAGUGUAGAGAGUAAACGAGUUUAAAAUUAGAAGAACUUACUUAAACGGUUUCAGCAGCAUCUCCUGUUGCCUGUUGUGUAUUGUUCUUCUCUUUUACAUUCUUUAUUUGAACACAAAAUUGGAAAAUGUGCGAGUUGUGUCGCCAUUUUGUUUAUGUACGUAGCCGGUCGGGGCAGGUAUAAUUUUUCAUUUGUUGCCCGGCGGGAUACAUUGCAUUUAUCAAAAGCUACGUGACCACAAAUCAGCCAAUCGUGUUUGGUGUUCACCCUAGCUAUAUAACAUUGCUUGUUACCGUAAUCUUUGUUUCUUAAUUUUCAAUGGAUAGACAAGAAUCAAAGAUUGGCGCGAAGGUGGUCUCAGUGGCACGUAUAUAGUGAAAAAACUACGUGAAGCAGCCGAGGAUUUAAGAAGUUACGAACGAUCAGCAGUACCAGAAGGAUGGAGCUGUCAUUGGGACAGGUACUGUAUUCGACUGAACACAACUUCUAUGAGUCGUACAACUUUCUUGCCAUGUGAGAUUUUUCAGGUCAAAGAAAAGCCAUCUUUUUGGAUCUCCAAGAAGUUGACAUGUCGUCGAAACUGGGAAAUUUUUCAUUCUUUAACUUUUCAAGCGUUUGUAAAUCGUACGAUCAGUUUUUAUCCGCUUCGUUAUAACGAGAUAAAGAGGGUUUAUGAUAAAACGAGCAGAACGAAAGGAAUUAUUUUUUAUAUCGUUCACCUUGCUGCGUGCGUCGCCAGCACUCCAGUGGUUGUUUUUACGAAAUGGAAGGCAGUCGAUAUAUAUGGUUCAGUGCCAUUGUAUGAAGUGGGCUUAGACAAAGAUAAAUUAUCAAUACAAAGUACAAAAAAUCGCAAAAGUUUCAUGACUUUUUUUGUAGUCUUGUAUAUACUUGUACAAUGCUCCAUGUCAUCUUGCAAUGCAAGUUUUUGAGACAUUUUUUUUCAAUUUCCAAAUCCUAUUGAUCAUGGUAUAAAAACUAAGCAGAAACUGCUUUUAUUGUGAGAGUGUAUUUAAAAUUUAUUUAUUGAGUUGCAGCGGGGUACUCCCAAAUUUACUCCAUAUAUAGAUACCGCCCUGAAGGGUAUGGAUUUUACUUGUUUUUGUCUGGCAUUGGAAAAAAAAUUACAGUUUGUUCUGCGCUAGAAUAGGGUAUAUUUAAGAGGAGACUUUUUGUAUGUUACGUAACACGCGCUCAAAACUAACUAGAAUAUACCAAUUGGUUAUGACUGCAUAGUAAAAGUUGUUAACUUUUGAACGCUUUUCAUCGCAAAUACAAAGCAUGGAAAAAAUUGUCUCUUAAUCCCUUUUAGUCUGAAGUUGGGUGUGAUUUGUACUUUUUGUCUGAAAUAGGUACAAAUUUGGGGUCAGGCAUAAAACUGGUUUAUAUUUUUGGUCUGAAAUGCAGUAGGGAAAUGAUUUCAAUAGCCUGGCGGCACUCCCCCAUCAAAAUUUUGGGGAGUACCCCCUCCCCCCAAGAUUGAAUUUUACUUUUCGUUCAAAGCCAAUAAUCUAUAAUCAGCACAACAAUCUAUACUAGCUUAUAUCUCAAAAGAUCGUAUUCAUGUGCACGAAUAUCAAAUGAAAGUAGGGUAAUAUAAGCCUUAUUCAGGGGACCGUAAAACGUGAAGUCCCCAUUAAGGGUUAAUUUUUCAGGCACUUAUGAGGGGGUUAUUUAAGACGGGGACCUAUAAUAGGGGGAGGGGGGCUUAAUUGAAUGGGGGCGUAAUGAAGUGGGAAGUUUAUUUAAUUUUAUGCAAAGCCGCAUUUGAGAAACGGAGUAAUCUAACGUGAUUAAACUAACUGGACAUUCUAGCCAAUUGAUAAAUCUAAGCAGUUCACAUGAUGUGUUCCUUUGUUGUCGAUGAU